ACUUGCUUGUAACAUUGGUUUUAUUUUUAAUUUUUUUAAAAAUGGAGUAAAAAGUAAAUAUCCUUUACUACUUAAAUUUCCCUCCUCCAGAUUGUUGUAAAUGAAGAGUCUUUUUAAAAGACUAGCACUAGAUUUGUCUUAAGAUUCACUGUGAUGUUUCUGAUUUAUAUUUUAUUACCUGUUUGCGGUCACCAAAAUCUUUAUAAUCCAGUGUGAGAGAGGAUAUUGAUCAUAGCACUCUUUUCACAGAGUGGGAAUAUAGGGUUAAGCUUUUUUUGCAAGUUUGCAAAGUAAGCUGUUAGUAUGAACCUCAGCCCACUAGUUCUAAUACACAUUAAACCCACCAAUAGACACAGAAUUGUUUAAGGAAACACCAUUGAAUAUUUUUAUAUCGAAAUGUAGAAAUAUUUGCUAACACGGUUUAUAAAAGCCAAGAUUAAAGUAUAUAUCAAUUGCUUUCUUCCAACAGGCUACGGUGCUUUGUUUAUCUUUGGAUUUAAUCUCAUAGAUUUUUAUGGACAUUUUUAAGUUUAAAUGGUACAGUAGAGAAAUUGGGUCCCAAAGUGAUGAGUCCUUAGGAAAUUGAACUUGCCGUAUGGGUUUAUUUUCCAUGCUAAGCAUUUAAGUAUUAAUCAGCACAGCUUUCAGGGAUUUCUUUCCAACAUCCUUUUCAGUGUAAGAUAAGGACUGCAAUUCAUUAUGCCAUGGGAGGAGCUUUGCUAAGCUUUGCUUUUCUUGACUGUUCAUCUCAAAUUUAAUGGGAGUGUGUACAUGUAUGUGUGUGUGUGGUACCAUAUUGGUAAGCAGACUUGAAUUAUGGCACAAUCUUGCUUGCCUUUAAGGCUAAAUGUCUCUCCCCUUUGGGGGGGGGGGUUCAAAGAUCAUUUCAGGCUCAGUGUGCUUUUUACUACCCACUCAGAGGGGGGCAGCAAAUGAGAUCACGGGAAACUGGGAGGUGACUUUUAUCACCAGUUAUUUUUCUUUUCAUCUCUCUAUUAACCUAGCUCAGAGAACACUCAAGACAUUAAACAUUGCUCUUCACCAACUACUGGCUUUCUGUGACCUGAUCGCUUCUAAGUGGAAACCUCUAUUACCCUAGCACUGGUCCCUUGAGUUCCUCUUUUAUUCAUCUUAUGUACAAGUAUCACAAGCAGGAACAACAACAAACCCUCAAGCCCACAGCAAAGAGCAUGCAAGUACACGGCAGGCACCAUCCCUUUUCACACUGGUUUUUUUUUUUUUCCCCACUUGGUAGGGGAGGCUAAAUUUUGGCGAGGAUGAUGGCAUUUAUAGGAGGGGCGGGGGAAAAGUGUGUCUAAUUACAUGUUAAUGGCAGAACUUGCCUUCACCCUGACCCCCCCUUGCACACUGGUGCAUUUCCCCUGCGUGCUCCUGUGUGGAUCCAGACACCCUUCUCUCUUUAAGAGAGACUCCGGCGCCCCUCACUCCGCCCCUUCCUAAGUCUCUGGGCUCGUCAAAGCUUGCUGAGAGCCAUGGUUGGUCCAGGCAGGCAAUCGGAGCACCUCAUGGAGCGGCUGCUCACCAGGGCUGGGGUGGGGUGGGGUGGAGGGGUCUGUUUGUAGUACUCUCAGUCCUGAUGUCACAGGCGCGGCAAGGACAUCGCAAGGAGGAGUCGGAUUACAGUAAGGAUGGGCAGUGCAGCAGGCAGCCCCAGCGCACGCUCCGGCCGCCGGGGAUCUUAGCCCUGGAAAGGCAGCCUGCAAGGCGCUCAUCCCGCGGAGGAGGCACGCUUGGCGCUCCCUGCUCUCCACGCCGGGGACGUUUCCACCGAAUGUAGCAUGAAACGGCUCUGCUCGGCGGCGUGUCAGCCUUGGGUGCGAGCUAAUGCAGAAGACGCCGCGGUGGGGUUUCAGCUGUCUGAUUAAUGAGAAACAUAAUGUAUUUUGGUGGUACAUGCCAGAGUCCUGCUCUCCCAGCCCUGGUCCGUCCACCAGCCCCUCCUUUGCAACCAUCGCUGGACAUUAAACCAUUUCUUCCCUUUCCUCUUGACACUGCGGCCGCGGUCAACCUCUUCCCCAAUUUCAAUGCGAUGGACCCAAUUCAGAAAGCUGUAAUAAAUCAUACAUUUGGGGUUCCUCUUCCCCAUCGAAGAAAGCAAAUCAUAUCAUGCAACAUUUGCCAGUUGAGAUUUAAUUCUGAUAGCCAGGCUGCGGCCCACUACAAAGGCACGAAACAUGCCAAGAAGCUCAAAGCACUGGAAGCCAUGAAAAAUAAGCAGAAAUCUGUAACUUCCAAGGACAGCGCAAAGACUACCUUCACCUCCAUCACUACCAAUACCAUCAAUACCAGCUCUGACAAAACAGACAGUACUGCAGGGACACCAGCAAUAUCAACGACGACAACUGUGGAAAUCCGCAAAAGCAGUGUUAUGACAACUGAGAUCACCUCUAAAGUAGAAAAAAGCCCCACAACAGCCACUGGCAAUAGCUCAUGUCCUUCCACGGAGACUGAGGAAGAAAAGGCAAAACGGCUUCUUUACUGUUCGCUAUGCAAGGUUGCUGUCAACUCUGCCUCACAGCUGGAGGCGCACAACAGUGGUACUAAGCACAAAACCAUGCUAGAAGCCCGGAAUGGAAGCGGCACUAUCAAAGCCUUUCCUAGGGCAGGAGUGAAAGGCAAAGGACCUGUUAAUAAAGGAAACACAGGCCUCCAAAACAAAACAUUUCACUGUGAAAUCUGUGAUGUGCAUGUCAACUCGGAAACACAACUUAAACAGCACAUUAGCAGUAGAAGGCACAAAGACAGAGCUGCUGGGAAGCCCCCGAAACCUAAAUACAGUCCUUACAACAAACUACAGAAGGCAGCACAUCCACUGGGGGUAAAAUUAGUAUUUUCAAAAGAACCUUCAAAGCCAUUGGCUCCACGAAUUCUACCCAACCCGCUGGCAGCUGCAGCAGCUGCUGCUGCUGUGGCGGUCAGUUCCCCCUUCAGUCUUCGAACUGCUCCGGCAGCAACCCUGUUCCAGACUUCUGCACUUCCUCCAGCACUCCUGCGGCCAGCUCCAGGACCCAUUCGGACCGCCCACACUCCCGUGCUGUUUGCUCCUUACUGAAUUCCAAAUAGGAGUCCUUGUACUGCAAUAAUUUUUCAAAAAACAAAAAAACACAAAACAAAACAAAAGAGAACUAUGCAGUGUUUAUUUAUAGUUUAAAGUAUAUCUGAAGAGCCAGGACUUUUGAUAGUGAAUUGAAAAGAUUAUUAAAAAGGGGGGGAGGUUUGGGGGUGGGAGGGAGGGAGUGAUAUUUUCUCCAAAUUAAAGCAUUCCUCUCGAACAUUGAUUGUUUUAGAAGUGAUCUCCAGCAUUGACUUGUAGUGGUAUCUAGAACUUCUGAAGCCUUUGUGACUGUGCUUUUGGGCACCUAUUUCCCCCCCUGCAUUGUCUUUCCUGCUUUAUGAAACAACUAUACAUUGUCUAAGGGCAUUAACUGGUUCCAAUGUAUAUAUAAUAAUUUACUCUGUAGAUCAAAAUAAUACAAAAAAAAAAAAAGAAAAAAGGAAAAAAAAAAACAAACAAAAAACAAAAGCAACACUGUGAAUAGUAGUACCCGUGCUGGUCCUCUUGCUAUGACAGCAAUUACUGGGUAUUUAUCCCAACAAAAGUAGAUACAGUAGAUGUCUUGUAAAACAAUAGUGCUGUGUCUCGAUCUAUGCCACUAGGUUUUAAAGAAUUGCAAUGGUAGAAUGAACAACUAUUUCAUACCAAUAAGCAAACACCAAAUGGUGUCAUGCAGGUGUCCCUGGUCAGCAUUUUCCUACACUAUCUAGCUUGGAGAUAGUACAGGGCUAAGCUUAGAGGUGGAGGAGACAUUAAUAGAAAUGAUCUCUUACAAAAUACUAAUUUCUCACCCUGAGGAAAUAUUGCUCGAAACAGGCAAGUGUUUGUAGUGAACCUAUAUUUGAAAACAGAUGAAUCCACGCAUCAUGAGUGUUUAGGAAGAAAUCAGUACAACUAUUCUGUUACAAGGAUGAGGGACAAUCAUAACCUAUGAUAAUGCAAAGCAAAGAUCUUUCAUGUUAGUACAUACCCAAUAAAACAGAGAAUAUUGCAUCUUUGCAAUAUCCCCCUUUAUAUCAUACCAGUAGGGUUGUCUCUUAGGCAAAGUUUUCUGCUUUAAGUAUGAUGGUAGAAGUAAGCAUUAGCUAUUAUUGUGGGGUUUUUAUUGUUUUUUUUUUUAGAUGUCCUACUGACAUGAUAUAAACAAUUAAUAUAUAUUUAAAUGUUAGUAACAAGAAAAAUGAAUCUGAGUUAAUUGCACACCAAUGAUAUAGUGUUAAAAAAGAUACUGGUAAGGUCCACUUGACCAUCAUUUCUCCAGUGGAGUUGUGAAAUACUGACAGCCUUUUAUAUUUACCAAAAGGCUGAAAGGAGCUGAUGUUUUACCUUUAAAACAAGAUUUAUCAGGGGUAUAUAUAAAUAUAUGUAUAUUGUAUAUAUGUUAGAAAGAUUAAGAGAAUAACUUAUAAAAAAGAAAAUCUAUAUAAAAUAAUUAUAUAACCAUCCAGUGUUACAUGUUAUCAUUAAAUUGGUAACAAAUGGCAUAAAAAUAGCUGUGCCUUUAAUUUGUGAUAAAGGCUAUUUGCUUUUUCCCUUAGAAAGCUAACAUAUACCUAUCAAUAUGGUGGAGUUUGAUGCAGCUAGUCUGUUGCAUUAAUAAGAAAAAUGACACUCAAUCUUAGAACAGUGAUAAAACAUAUAAAAAUCAACCCUACAUGAUUUAGGUUUAGAGAAAAAAAAACUAUUUUUUAAAAGGUUUUGUAAAGACUAUUUAAAAAUACAGGGAAGGGCUGAACAUGGACUUCCUGAAACUGCUCUCAAACUGUUGUAACCUUUGGAGAGGUAUAAAGAAUCAAGAGGGAAUCAUUUGAGAGAUAAGUAUUUCGCAUUUGUCAUUUUAUAUUUAAGAAACAUCCAUAGCGUGCUUGGUGCUCAACAUUAAACAUGAUCUUUGGAGUUCUUCUCCACCAUCUAGCUAUAGAAAUUUGUCAUAUAAACAUAUCUUUAAAGCAGUUCACUUUAUAUAUCUUUUGUUAAACAAACAACCAAAACAAAAAGACAAAAAAAGAAGAAAAAAAGGAAGGAAGGAAGAAGAAAUGAAAAGACAAUGUAUUCCAUCAAUCUGGUAAAAAGAAUUUCGAACCAUGCCUCUCUAGUUAAACAUUGAAUAGCAUUCAAAUUUGUUUUUGAAAGUAUCCAGUUAUAUUAUUGCAUUUACCAACAUUUCUAUUCUCUGGUUUUAGCAAGUGUUUCCUUUUUCACCUACAGACCCUGCUAAGGUCAGCCAGGUGGACUCUAUAUCCCAUGUGACAAGCUUCUAAAUGUUUUAAGCUUUAGUUUCCUUUUUCUGCUGUGUCAAAUAUUUUUUUUAUCUUUCAUAAUCAUCUGAAUCUCUACCCAACAACCUUUACAACUGAUAAAGGUUGGAGAACUUCGCAUUAAUUAAUGCAAUCUUACUACAAUGUGCUUUCACUGUUCUUCCCCAUUUUCACCAAAGUGAAUGAGCCAGUUCACUAGAAAUCAGGGUCUGUGGGAUACAGAGUCCUGAGUCAUAAGGCAUUACUAACUUUAAUGAUUUUCUGGGAACAAACAAAUCAGCCAUAUUUUCUCCAUCAGCCAUAUGAGAAAACUCAGAAAUACCUGGAUCCCUUCUGCCUCACUUCGCUAUGGAACCAUUUUUGUUUAAAUGGUCUUUUAAAUUGGAGUUGUAAGCAUCAGUUGUCUUUUACUCACUACCUAAUAAAGGAUGAAGCCUAACCAUAGAACUUAUAGUGGAUUCUCUGUGAGUUGUUUCCCCUCACUCCACAUAUUUAUCAAUACCAGAUCAACAUCCGUUAUAGCUCAGGCUGCUAUAAAGCUGUAUCUUUUCCCUUAGGGAACUUUUUUCACAAAUAAAGAUCUACAAUUUAGAUUGGUCAGUAGGGGUGCUGUGACAAUCCCCAUGGGUUGUCUGACUUUAUGGUUAUACAUCCCUUUCUGGGCAUCACACCCAUGGCAAAGAAAGUAAUAGAGAAAGCAUCUCUGAUUCAUUUGAAGCAAAUAUAAAUGCAUUACAAGAGCCAAAUGCCUCUGGAUAAAAGCAUUGUGCACCUCAUCUAGGUCAUCCAGACAAAUGGGAAACAGUCAUUGAGGAGAUCAUGUAUUUCUCUUCUGAGAAAACAGGUGAUUACGCAUGACAAAUUGCUCCUCUCACUGCUCCUAAACUUUGAAGAGUAGUUGUUUUAUUCACAUAAGUAAACAUGCUUGGUUUAUGCAAUUUAUAUCACAACUGUUUCAUUGGAAAGGAUCCCUAUCUUUAGGUACUACUGGGCUUCUGAUGUAUUGUGAUAAUUCACUGCCAUUAUCAUCAGAGAUAUAAUUUGGUUUUUUGAAAGUAGCUACAUAUUUUGUUGCCAAGGAACUCUUUAGCAAAGAGAGUGUUUAUACUCAUUUGGGAAUGAAAAGAGCAGGAAAUCAUAAAACAAAGGAUUGAGAAUUGAAAGACAGUGGAAUUUUAAAAAUAGAAUCAAAAUACACUGUGGAUGUGCCCAUUUGAGUUUCUAAGGCACACACCAAUACAUACUGGACAUGGACAUUAACUUUCACUUACUUACAAUUAAAUUUUAGAUUCAUAUCUUUGUCUCUGUACCCGUGUAAUGUUUCAGCUUUUUUGAACAAAUCACAUCACAAAGCUAAAGGAUAACUGAAGUUGUUUAGAGGCCUCUUUCAUUAAAACUGAGUUGAUGUAGAGAAUUUUUUGUACAUGAGCAUAAAUGAUUUGUGCUAAUAACUAUUUGUACACAAGACAGCAGCAUGAAGUGGUGGGAAAAACAAUGAGAAGCCUGAAAGAAGGCAGAGUCUAUUGUAGACUUUGUCCCCUACCAGCAGGGUAACUUUAAAUAGUCAGCUAAUGCCCUGCCCUUAAUCUCUUUAUCAGUAAAAUGGAUGAGGGUGAUUAAAGGCUGAGCUGGUUUAAUAUAUCAGCACUAAAGGACCACUUCUUUCAGCCUCUCAGGAAUAAGACAGCUUUCUUGAAGUGAACAAUAUAGCUACUCAAAUACUUGCACAUGUCUAGAAAAAUGUUUUGUACUUCUUUCCAUAUCGAGUGUAUAUCACAGGGUAGGUCAUUUGUCUCCUGAAACAGAAUGAUGAUUUCACCACCUAAUAUUGGAGGAGUUGCUAAAUUACUCAUUAUUCACUUAUUAUUGGACUUAUACCAAAGUCAUGUGAGAUACGCUGCCUCUCUUUUCCCAGUCUAGAACAUAAUAAAUUCUGAACAAAACCAACCCAAAAAGAGCCAUAGAAAGCUCACAGGGUGGGUGUGGAAGGGAGCAACAAUUUAAAUGCCUCGUCCUUAUUACUUUUGUUGCACUUUCUCUUUUCAGUAGAAAGGGUCCCCAACUAAGCCAUAACUAAUUCUGACUUGAGUUUGCAUGUAUUUCAGCUAAUGACCACCUUAAUAAGACCAUUUCUUCCAUAGCCAAGUAUAUCAGUUAUGCACUCUUGCCAUUAUUACAAAAUUUAUUUGAACUGAGUCCUGACAGUGAAUGCUUUACUUAGCGAUUGCUGUUGGUUUUUAUUAAACAGUGAGAUGUAUUUAUGGAGCAUCUCUUCUGAUCUCUGUGUGUUAUGCUUCAAUAACUAGAGAGACUAGUAGCAGGAGGUGAAAUGGAUCAUUUAUAUAGCAGGUCUCCAUUGCCUGCUUGCUAGUUCUGAUAGUGGUAUCAGGACUUACAGUGAAAGAUGGAUAUGUUGAUAUAUCAUCCUCACAUGGCCUGCAAGGUUGUUACUUCCAGGAAUGAAUGUAUAGCUUACCAGAUGAUGAAUGGCGAUGAAAGGGAGGUUCAACACUGGAAAAACCUCAUAUGUGCUACUUGAUUAGAAGUCCAUGCAGGUCAUGAAAGGUCACAGAGUUUAAAGAUUUCUCUGGUUGAGUCAUCAAUGUUCAGGUCUCAGAGGACAGAAUUAACUUCAAUUUAAGGGUCUCUUUUGUCUUCUUCUCAGUGAUGGAAACCCAUCCUUUCUAGAUGGCUGAGUUGACUUUACAAACUGACAAAAUGCAUUUGUCAAAUGAAGUGAAACCUGAUGAUUAAUAUUUAUGAUCAAGUAGAAUAUCUUAGCAUUUGAUCAACUCUACUAAGACUAUAAAGAAUGAGAUCAUGUUCUUUUCAUGACUGACAGGUCAUUUGUAAAGGCAAUUUCCAAAAAGUGGGGCUAAAAUGUUUUGUGUAAAAAGAAGUACAGUUAAAAAUAAGUGAUUGUACAGUGACAAGUUCUAAGGUAAAUGCUUACACACAUACAUGCAUACUUUUUAAAAUAUGAAUCUCAAUAUCUUUUAUAACUUGUCAUCCUCUUUUAAAGCCAUGGUAAACCUUUUUAUUUACACUUAUUAGGUUGGUUUUAUUUUAAGAAUGGAAAUUCUAAUUUCACACUUGGGAAUCUUAAUCAUUUUAGGGCAUUCAAGAGGUUGGCAAAUUGAUAUCAUGUCAAGGUACUAUGCUCUCUAGCAAGAUUAUUUUGCUAGCAGUUGAGUUGGGUAAUGCAAUUGUAUCAUUUCAUACAAGCUACUGACUUUAAAUAUAGAAUUUGAAUGCUUAUUGAGUCUUUGUCAAAUCCAAGUAGUGUGCAGGAUAUGGUAAAACAGGACUAAAGAAAAUUAGCAAAGAGAGCCUCUAUUAGAGGCACAAAUUGCAUUUUUGCUAGUAAACAAUUAUUUUUUAAAAGUUCUUCAGCAAUAAUAUAGUCUCACAUAAAUCCAUUAAGAAACAAUGUUGUUAUGGAGUUUUGAAGCCAUAGCCAGGGUGUGUGGAAUUUUAUUCAUCAAAAAUAACAAUGUGGGUUUUAUUGGACAUUUGUCAACCUAAGAUACAUUAUUAUAUAAUUUCAGUAUAAGACACUAGCAGUAGGGGUGGCUUAAUAUUAGAUAAAGACCCUUCAUGAAAUGCUUUAUGUCUAUUAUGACUUUGAGCUAGUAUAAGUAGAAACAAAAAAGCAGUUAAGCUCUUGAGAUCCUGGAAAGUUUAACUUUUAUCAAAUAGUCAAGAAGAAUUUCAUUUGAUGGCAUGUGGUUUUUAAGGGGAUUGGAGAAAAAUGUGUGGAAGUGUUGGGUAUUGAAGAAAGCCUUGUGGCCAAGGGAGCUCGGCACAGGAGUGAGCAUCACAGAACAGUGAGCACAGUUGCUGGCCUCACCACAAGUUAUCUGUGAGGAAACUGGACCCACUCAGUUGGUAUUUCAAUGAUUCUUUUCUGAUAAAAAUAGGGAUAAUAAUCAAUUGCAUAGAUGUGCAAAAAAAAAAAGCCAAAUUUUUAAAAAGCAGGUUAUUUUUUGCCACUCAAAUUGGUUUCAAAAAUCUAAACUAUAUUCCUAUAAAUUUCAAUGAUUGCUUUAAAAUGCUAUAUACUUACAGUGUUUAUAUUCCUACAUAUUUAAAAUGAAACUGAUCGGAUGCCAAAGCUACAUAACAUGUAGCUACAUUAGCUACUCUGUUUUGUCCUGAAAAAAAAAACAAACUAUUUUUUAAUACUCACGUGAAGCUAAAUGUGAAGAGCAUUGCUUUUCUUGGGAAAUUUAUUAGUCAUAUUUUUUUUCAUUUCUAUUAGUUGAAGUCUGCUGUCAGUUUCAACUAAGGUCUCCUUAUUUAAUUGUAGUCAAUCAUUUCUUCUAGUAAUAUUUCAUUUACUGGACUUAACCAAUUAAUUUUGAAUUGACUCCUAAGAGUGGUCAGUCAUAGGAAAAUUUAAUAUCAGCCAAUGUAUGAUGAAAUAUUCAGCUCUCACCAAAACUGGAUGUUUGGCAAUCUUACAUAGGUUAUUAUUAACAAUUAGACUACAAAUAAACCCUAUCAAAUGAAUUGAGUGAUAACUGUUUUUAUUUAUCAACCUGAAUCAAUUUGGACUUUAGUUUCCAAAUCUAAAAAUAGCUUAAUCCACAUACAUUUAAUACCUGCAAAUUAAAGGCAGUAUGGUGUGGUUUCCUGUAGGUUUUGUUCUUUUCUUUUCUUUUCCUUUUCUUUUCUUUUCUUUUCUUUUCUUUUCUUUUCUUUUCUUUUCUUUUCUUUUCUUUCCUUUUCUUUUCUUUUCUUUUCUUUUUUGGACAACCAAGCUUCUUAUUGAAAACUUUGGCAUUGACAUUGAAAAAAUUGAAUAUGAUUUUGAAAUUAAAAAAAAAAAAGACUGUGGUUUGUUCUAUAUGUGUGUAAGCCUGUAAAAAGUAACUUACGGGAAAAAUGUCCAUGUGAUUUUUCUCCCCUUAUAUUCUUAUGGCUUAGAGAACAUAAUUAGGGCUUUAUCCAAUAUCAAUCUAUUGGCAAAAGGUUUUAUAAGGUUUCACCUGAUAACAACAAUACCUCAUUUUAAAAAGCAUUACUACAAAUACUGGAAAGAAGUACAGUAGAUAUGGCUAUUUUUAUUUUAUAAAAACAAACAAAACUGAAGAUCAAAAAAGUUGGCUUGUCUAUGGUCAGUAGUCAUAUAGACAUGGAGUUCUGAUUCAUCUAUUAGCCAUGGUGAUGUUGUCUUAGUGUAGAAUUUGCAUGUUCAGUUAUUUGUACAUUUGGAAGCUUGACUUAAGCUAAAACUCUCAGGAUGCAAGUUUAUGCCACUUUAUUAGCCCACAUGUUCUGUAAAUGACUUUGCUCUUUACAUCUUGCCAAAUCAUGCUCAAUAACCUUUCAUUAGAGGUUGUAGAUGUCCCCAGGUGGGCUUGGACACUUGAGAUGAGAUUUUAUUUUCUUUUACAUUAUGAUAGUUGAAUGAUGAUUAUCUAUGAUACUGCUAUAUUUAUUAUUUUAAUUAAAGCCCCCAAAAACUGUCCCUUGUAUGCCAGUAAAGCAUUAAGUUUUAAAAAAUAAUAGUGAUAAUAAUAAUCAAGGCAAUUCACAUAACUUGUUUUGUUCCAAUCUUCUGUUUUAAGUCAUAUAAUAAUAUCUCCCCAGUCAUAUAAUAAUAUCUCCCCAUAUGUCAAUAAUUCCUCCAAUAUAAAAUGAAGCUGCUAUCAGUAUUAUUGACUCAUAAAUGUAAACUAUAGCACAUUUUAUCUUGUCUGUGGUUUUGUAUUAAGCUAAACUUGCAGCUGUGAAAAAAUUAAUCUUUAUUUUUAUCAGGAAUUAUUGAAGAAGAACUUCUCAGUUUUAAUUAAAGAAAGACAAAAUGAUAUUUUUAUGUGAUGGAAGCUGCCUUGUUCCUUCAACAGCUCUAUAAACAUCCUUACCCAUUAUCUCCUCUCUCUUUAACAAUAUUAAAAUUGUCCAGGUAAAUGUAACAUUGCCAGUGGUUUCAGGAUAUUGGUACAUUUAUGUUGUGUUCUUCACUUAGUUCAUGAAAUAAAGAUGGUUGCUUAUUUUCCUCUCUUGCAUACAUACUACGAUAAAUCCAAUUUGGAAAACAUUUUUUCUUCUUGAUUUAAGUUUUAAAGCUCAUUGGAAGAGGAAUAUUAGAACAAAUUAUGUAUUCUACAUGUUCUACUCCACUUGUUUGUAAUAUCCGACUGUUAUGAGAAGUGCAGCAAACACCUACGCAACACAAUUGUUUCAAGUGCCAAGUAAGAUUUUGAGUGACUCACAGAACAUGUGUCUCAUGACUGUUUCUCAGAAAAAUGUGUUGUUUGAAGGAAGAAAAGUAAAAUAUUUUAUUUUCAUUCUGCUCUGAA